AUCAAGCCUUUGUGACCCUUGCUACUGAUGAUGUGUACUGUCAAGGUGCUCUUGUUCUUGGACAGUCAUUGAGGAAUCAUAAGACAUCCAGAAAACUGGCAAUUCUAAUUACUCCAGAGGUUUCCAGUGGGAUGAGGUCAGUCCUCAGCAGCGUAUUUGAUGAAGUGAUCGAGGUGGAUGUGCUUGACAGCGCUGACUCAGUCCAUUUGGCUCUUAUGCAGAGGCCAGAACUGGGUGUAACCUUCACUAAGCUUCAUUGUUGGACACUUACUCAUUACAGCAAAUGUGUCUUCAUGGAUGCAGACACUUUGGUACUUUGCAAUGUUGAUGAACUGUUUGAUCGAGAAGAGUUUUCUGCAGCUCCUGAUUCUGGCUGGCCUGACUGCUUCAAUAGUGGUGUGUUUGUGUUCCAGCCCUCCCUGAAGACUUACAACCUGCUGCUCCAGUUUGCUGCUGAGCACGGCAGCUUUGAUGGAGGUGAUCAAGGCUUGUUGAACAGCUUCUUCAGCAACUGGGCAACAGCAGACAUUGGCAAACACUUGCCUUUCCUCUAUAACUUGAGCAGCAGCUCUGUAUACACCUAUGUUCCUGCUUUCAAUCAUUUUGGUAGAGAUGCCAAAGUUGUUCACUUCUUGGGAACAACAAAGCCCUGGAACUACAAAUACAGCCUUCAAACAAAGACAGUUAUGCAGGAUGGCACCAACUCUGGAUCUUCUCAUCAACUGUCAUUUCUUGCCCUCUGGUGGAAUAUAUACAGUGCCAGUAUAUUGCCUUUGUUGGAAAAUCUUCAAAAGAUGGAAGAAUCAGAAUCUGAGGAAUGCAAGCACACAUUCAAUGGAGUUGAAGUUACCCUGAAGAAGGUCAGUCCUUAUGUGGCCAGUUCCAUACAAGAGCCUGAGAUCCCAGAGCAGACAGGUGAAGUAAAUCCCACAGCGUGCUCACCCGAGGAACUCGCAUUCAAAGCUAAUGAGGUUGCACAUUUUGUUUCAGAGCUGUCUAUUCACUUCAAACCAGCAAAACCAACUCCAGAAGAUGAACGGAGAAAAUGGGAGGAAGGGCGCAUGGACUAUAUGGGGAAAGAUGCUUUCGAACAUAUCAAAAAGAAAUUGGAUGCAUUUUUACACUAAGACAGGGUGCACUGUUAUGCCCAUCAUGAUGGAUUUUUUUAUAAAUGCAA